GCAAACCGGGUCAGAGUGUCAGUAGAUAUGAACGGCGCAACUGCUUCAGACUGGACUUUUCAUUUUAAGUUACUGGACAGGCGUCAUAAACACGUUGUUGGUUGAGUAAUUUUCGCGUGGACAGAUUAAUUAUUAAGUGAUGUUUUUGGUGAGGACUGAGUUCAUGUAUUGCGCACUGUUCGACCCCCACACACCCCUUUUGUUACAGCCGGUAUAGGACGGACAUACCGGCUUCUCAGUAUUUAAAGAGGGACCUAGCUUCUUGGUAAUCACAGCAAGAAUAGCCCAGUGAGCUAUUCAAAAGCCGGCAACAUUUAUCAGAGAAAAGGUGCUGCUCCAGGAAUAAGCCGAGGCUUCAGGAUCAACAAAGAAAACAGGACAGAAAACGCAAAGUAAGUCUAUACGAGACGCGGAACUGUUUUACACAGAAGUCCGGCAGAUCCUCGCAUCUCCACAUCAUGGCUCCUCAGCUGCAACCCAAUCCAGUCUCCAGCAUGCAAGUCCUGCAGGGAGACCUGGGUGCGCUGAGCCCCGCUCUGAGGGACUUCAUCGAGCAGAACGCCCGCCUGUGCCAACCCGACAGCCUGCACAUCUGCGAUGGAUCCGACGAGGAGAGCAGGAGGGUACUAGCGCUGCUGGAGGAGCAAGGCAUGAUCAAGAAACUCACCAAAUAUGAGAACUGCUGGCUGGCCCGCACAGACCCCCGGGACGUGGCUCGAGUGGAAAGCAAGACAGUGAUCGUGACGCAAGAGCAGAGGGACACCGUCCCAACGCCCACCAGCGGCACCAGCCAGCUCGGACGCUGGAUGUCGGAGGAAGAGUUCGAGAAAGCCAAGAAUCUUCGAUUCCCCGGCUGCAUGAAAGGGCGCACCAUGUAUGUCAUCCCCUACAGCAUGGGCCCCGUGGGGUCUCCCCUGUCGAAAAUCGGGGUGCAGCUGACGGACUCCCCCUACGUGGUGGCCAGCAUGCGUGUGAUGACCAGGAUGGGAUCGGCUGUGCUGGAGACCCUGGGGAGUGAAGACUUCGUCAGGUGCCUCCACUCAGUGGGGUGCCCCCUGCCUCUCAAGAAGUCGCUGGUGAAUAACUGGCCCUGUAACCCAGAGCUCACCCUGGUGGCACACAUCCCAGACAAGCGGCAGAUCAUCUCCUUCGGCAGCGGCUACGGAGGCAAUUCCCUGCUGGGCAAGAAGUGCUUCGCUCUGAGGAUCGCCUCCCGCAUCGCCAAGGAGGAGGGCUGGCUGGCUGAACACAUGCUGAUCCUGGGCAUCACCAAUCCUGAGGGCCGGAAGAAGUACAUCGCUGCUGCGUUCCCGAGCGCCUGUGGAAAGACCAACCUGGCCAUGAUGAACCCCUCUCUGCCAGGCUGGAAGGUGGAAUGUGUGGGAGACGACAUUGCAUGGAUGAAGUUCGAUGAAGAAGGUAAUCUGAGAGCCAUCAAUCCAGAGAACGGCUUUUUCGGAGUGGCCCCUGGAACCUCAGUGAAGACCAACCCCAAUGCCAUGAAGACCAUCAUGAAGAACACCAUCUUCACCAACGUGGCAGAGACUAGCGACGGCGGUGUGUGCUGGGAGGGCAUUGACGAGCCCCUGCCUGAGGGAGUGUCUGUGACCUCCUGGAAGAACCAGCCCUGGAGCCCGGAGAGUGAGGAGCCCUGUGCCCACCCCAACUCCCGCUUCUGCACUCCGGCCAGCCAGUGCCCAAUUAUCGACCCCGAGUGGGAAUCUCCCGAGGGGGUACCCAUCGAGGCCAUCAUCUUCGGAGGGCGCAGACCGCAAGGCGUGCCUCUGGUUUACGAAGCCUUCAACUGGCAGCACGGCGUGUUCGUUGGCGCAGCGAUGAGGUCAGAGGCUACGGCAGCAGCAGAGCACAAAGGCAAGGCCAUCAUGCACGACCCCUUCGCCAUGAGGCCGUUCUUCGGCUACAACUUUGGCAAGUACUUGGCGCACUGGCUGAGCAUGGAGCACCGGCCCCAGGCCAGGCUGCCCAAGGUCUUCCACAUCAACUGGUUCCGUAAGGAUGAGCAGGGCCGCUUCCUGUGGCCGGGCUUCGGGGAGAACGUGCGCGUCCUGGAGUGGAUGUUCAAGCGCGUUGACGGUGAGGCCGGGGUCGUCUCCUCCGCCAUCGGCUACCUGCCCACCGAGGGAGCCCUCAACAUCCAGGGGCUGGGCUCUGUCAACCUGAAGGAGCUCUUCGGCAUCUCCAGAGACUUCUGGGAGCAGGAGGCCCGCGAGAUCCGGAGGUACUUCGAGGAGCAGGUCAACGACGACCUCCCCUUCGAAAUUGAGGUCCAGCUUCACCACCUGGAGCAGAGGAUACAGCAGCUCUGAGGAGCCGUCAAACACAACAACUACCAAACCUCAGCCAACAAACAGGGCAUGUGCGGCACAGGGCAUGGCAUAAACAGCACAGCAAAAAGCAGCUGACAAAGGAAUGCUGCAUGACGGCUUGUACAAGGUAGUAGAAACCGGUAUAGGCAUUAAUUGUAUGUUUUGAUGUUCUCUACGGUGUUUAGCAUAUAGUGAUUACGUAUGCCCUGACCUUAAUCAGUCUAGAUUGCACAGUCAGGGGUGUAUUGAAUCCAUGUUUUGUUAGCCGUUGUUUAAUAUAUGAUGUAUUCAUAUUAGAAAGUGUUCAUGUUUAUUUAGAAAAGGUGAGUGAGCUGCUUUGAUUGUGUCUCAAGUUAUUGUCGUACAGGUUUUUAGAUGACAGCAUAAAACGUUUCUAUGUGUUCCAGGGGAACACAGACUAUUUUUAAAGUAACAUGUCUCUACUUCAGUUUACCUGCAAUGCAAUCUUUGGAUAUGAAUCUCACUGGAAGAUUUUCUGUCUAUUGAUCUUUUUUUGGGGGACACGGGUUAACUGUCCUAGAAAUGUGAAUUUAUUUUUAUAUACUGCUGCGUAAUUCCUGUUUAAACUCUAAUUCUUUGUAUUUAUGAAAAGCAUCUAGCGGAAUCUAAAUAAAAUCUUUGUUUUAUUUAUAAA